GUUCCGUACGCUUCCUCAGCAAUGCAACCGAAGCUUACGCAUCUUGAACGAUUGUUUUACUAGUUACACUACUCAGCUAUCGGGGGAGCUAUAUUCAUUACACUUGUCGGAAUACAAUUAGUCGGAUGAAUGCAGGAGGAUAGGCUCGGAAACGAACUCACCCACGACCAAACAUCUAUAUCUAUACUAACGCAAUCCAAUCAAUCUAAGAACCUGAAACGAAAUGAGAGCCGUGGCCAGGGUGUUAAUCUAGUCGACAAACAUUUAGCUGACUUCGACGUCAAUCGGUAUGCCCUAAGACAGCAACAACGGCUGAAUGAUCGACGAUCAAAUGGUUCUAUUGUGGAGGGUACGAAUACCCUCCAGAAAUUAUACGUAGUAUAACCUCUACUGAUGUGGAUUCCGGAAGAAGAUCAAGAUGGGUGUCUGCGAUUGGGUAAGGCUGGAAAAAACUGGAUGGUGGGCAACGCAGUCCUUUUAU